AUGCCCCACGAGGAAACCUCCGCGGCGGUGGCCAGUAUCCUGUCAAACUUUGCCAAGCAGUACGCUCCUCUCGAGCCGGACUCGUUCCCCGCGGGCGCCAUCGCAAAUGGCAUCAAGAGCAACCGAAUCUCCCUCCCUGGCGACGACACGGUGGAGAAACGGACACUCGAGCGCGAGCUGAACGCCCUCGCGACCCGCAUCCAGUUCCUCGAAGCGCGAGCGACCAGCGGCCUCAGUUCGCUGCCUAUCACGCCCAAUGAACCCGCCGCGUCCAGCUUCCCUUCAGACAGUCCCGCGUCGCCCAGGUCCGCCGCCCUCAAUCCUCGCCAACGCUCCGCUUCGUGGGUCAACAGCCUCCUCGCCAAGAACGAGGGCGAGCCACAUUAUCGGCAGCUCACCGAGGAGCAAUUUGCCUUUCUGCGUGAGCACAUCGACCAGCAAGCGCAGGAGAUCAAGAGCCAGAAGGAUUUCAUCGAUGGCAUCAAAUCCCAGCUUACGCAUCAGCAAAAUGCGACAAAGGCCGCGCUCGAUACACUCGGGAAUUCUCAGUCAAUAGAGCAGCUGAAGCGCGAGAUCGAGAAGAACGCGCAGAUCAAUGCCACAUAUCAAAAGGUCCUGCGAGAAAUUGGCACCAUCAUCACUGCCGUUGCCAAUGGAGACCUCAGCAAAAAGGUGCUUAUCCAUGCCACCGAGAAGGACCCGGAGAUUGCACGGUUCAAGCAUACAAUCAACCGCAUGGUCGACCAGCUGCAGGAGUUUGCCAGUCAAGUCACACACUUGGCGAAAGAAGUCGGCACGGAGGGAAGGCUUGGCGGACAGGCCAUAGUCCCUGGUGUCGACGGCAUUUGGGCCGAACUGACGCAGAAUGGUGAGUCGGAGUGGUCAUCUGGCGAGUACGUGACGGGACGCAUGCUGACAGCCCUCGACAGUAAACGUGAUGGCACAAAAUCUCACCGAUCAAGUACGAGAAAUCGCCGUAGUGACCACCGCAGUUGCCCAGGGUGACUUGAGCCGCAAAAUCCAGCGACCUGCAAGAGGCGAGAUUCUUCAACUACAGCAGACGAUAAAUGACAUGGUGGAUCAACUGCGGACCUUCGCUACGGAAGUCACACGUGUAUCCCGAGAUGUCGGAACUGAAGGUGUCCUCGGGGGUCAGGCUCAAAUCGAAGGCGUGCAGGGCAUGUGGAACGACCUGACGAUCAACGUGAACGCCAUGGCAAACAACCUCACGGCGCAAGUACGAGACAUCGCAGAGGUGACGACUGCUGUCGCCCAGGGCGACCUGACAAGACAAGUGAAGGCACACUGCAACGGUGAGAUCCUGGCACUCAAGACGACCAUUAACUCCAUGGUUCAUCAACUCCGCCAAUUCGCCCACGAAGUCACUCGAGUAUCUCGCGAAGUCGGAACCCAGGGCCGACUCGGAGGACAAGCCACUGUUCACGGCGUGGAGGGAACAUGGAAAGAUCUCACCCAAAACGUCAACGGCAUGGCAAUGAAUCUUACUACGCAAGUGCGCGAGAUUGCUGAAGUCACGACGGCUGUCGCACAGGGUGAUCUGAGCAAGAAGGUCGAGGCUGAGGUACAGGGUGAAAUGCUAGCACUCAAGAAUACCAUCAACACCAUGGUGGACAGACUUGGCAUCUUUGCGUACGAAGUCAGCAAAGUCGCUAGAGAGGUCGGCACAGAAGGUGUCUUGGGUGGCCAAGCCAAGGUUGAGAAUGUUGAAGGCAAAUGGAAAGACCUAACAGACAAUGUCAACACCAUGGCCAAUAACCUGACCAGCCAAGUGCGCAGUAUAUCGGAUGUCAACCAGGCCAUUGCACGAGGCGACAUGAGCCAACGCAUCAAGGUGCACGCCCAAGGAGAAAUUCAGACCCUCAAAGACACCGUCAACGACAUGGUUACAAGACUGGAUGCCUGGUCUCUGGCUGUCAAACGGGUGGCACGCGAUGUCGGCGUUGAUGGCAAAAUGGGUGGCCAAGCUGAAGUCGAAGGAAUUACCGGCCGCUGGAAGGAGAUCACAACGGACGUGAACAUCAUGGCGCAGAAUUUGACAUCACAAGUCCGCGCUUUCGCCGACAUCACUCACGCGGCGAUGAAAGGCGACUUUACCAAGAUGAUCAACGUCGAGGCGUCGGGCGAGAUGAACGAGUUGAAAAACAAGAUCAACAAGAUGGUUCUCAACUUGCGCGAAAGUAUUCAGAAAAACAACCAAGCCAGAGAGGCUGCCGAACUCGCCAACAAGACGAAAUCCGAAUUCUUGGCCAACAUGUCGCACGAGAUCCGCACACCCAUGAACGGCAUUAUCGGCAUGACACAGCUGACCCUCGACACGGAAUUGGAGCAAAACCAGAGAGACAUGCUCAAUAUCGUCUUCUCACUCGCCAAUAGCUUGUUGACGAUCAUCGACGACAUUCUCGAUAUUUCCAAAAUCGAGGCGAACAGGAUGAUCCUGGAAGAAGAGCCAUUUUCGUUACGGAGCUUGGUCUUCAACAGCUUGAAAUCGCUGGCAGUCCGUGCAAAUGAGAAGGACAUCAGCUUGGUGUAUGACACCGACAGCUCUGUGCCCGACUACAUUGUUGGGGACUCCUUCCGUCUACGCCAGAUUAUUCUCAACCUUGCUGGAAACGCAAUCAAGUUUACCGAGCACGGUGAAGUGCGGGUGAAGAUUUCCUCUGAUCACACUGUCAAGUGCAGUGAAGAAGAGGUCGUGGUCAAGUUUGCAGUGUCGGAUACGGGCAUUGGCAUCCACUCCGACAAGCUGGACCUCAUCUUCGACACCUUCCAACAAGCAGACGGCUCGACCACUCGAAAAUUCGGCGGCACAGGACUGGGCCUGUCGAUUUCCCGCAGACUGGUCACGCUCAUGCGUGGCAAGAUGUGGGUAGAGUCGACCUAUGGCUCCGGCAGUACGUUCUUCUUCACAUGCGUGGUUCGACUGGGACCCAACGAUACGCAGAAAGUGAUGUCGUCGCUGCAACAAUACCGAAAACACAAGGUGCUCUACGUGGACAACGGUAACACUGAUUGCGCGGAUGAUAUCGCAGACAAUAUCAAGGCGCUAGAUCUCGUACCAUGCGUCGUGGGUAAUGGCAGGACAGUGCCUUCUGAGAUCAGUCCGGAUGACAGCUAUGACUGCGUUAUCGUGGAUAACAGCGACACGGCGCAGAGGCUUCGCAGCAUGGAGCGGUUCAAGUACAUACCGAUUGUCAUGUUGGCACCUGCGAUCUCGGUCAACUUCAAGACGGCGUUGGAGAAUGGCAUUUCGAGCUACAUGACAACGCCAUGCUUGCCGAUUGAUCUCGGUAACGCUCUCAUUCCAGCCCUGGAAGGUCGAGCGGCGCCGAUCACAGCUGACCACUCAAGAACAUUCGACAUCCUCUUGGCAGAGGACAACGCGGUCAACCAAAAACUGGCCGUCAAGAUACUGACGAAACACAAUCACAAGGUCACCGUCGCCAACAAUGGCCUCGAAGCCUUCGAGGCGAUCAAGAAGAAACGAUUCGACGUCGUCCUGAUGGAUGUGCAAAUGCCCGUAAUGGGAGGAUUCGAGGCCACCGCCAAAAUUCGCGAGUACGAAAUGGCACACGAGCUGACUCGGUCGCCGAUUGUGGCGCUAACAGCGCAUGCGAUGCUGGGCGAUCGAGAGAAGUGCAUCCAGGCGCAGAUGGAUGAAUAUCUCUCGAAGCCAUUGAAACCCAACCAGCUGAUUCAGACCAUCCUGAAAUGUGCUACGCUAGGCGGUGCGUUACUCGAAAGGAAAUCCGACGGCCGCGGCCUGAUCCACGACGAGGAGAAGAGUUCUGAUAGUAGCCCAGAUCACAACAGAUUGAAGACGCCCAAACGACCUGGCAUGAACGACAGGGGGUACACGGAAAAUGGCCCUUCCGGAUUGGAAAGUCCGGCCAUCGUUACUGCCGAGUCGGAAGAUCCGAUGGGACGGGUAAGGGUUCUCAGAACUGGAAAACAUGCCGUAGUACCUCUGUAACUGACAUUUGCUCACAGGAGGUGCUUUUACGUGCCCACAGCAGCUGA